AGUGUAUUCAAGCAGUAACCAUUGAACCCUGCUGCAUUCAGCUUGAUGAGCCCAUAAAACGGUAGUUAUUAUGUAACUUUAUUGCUACUUCAUGCACUCGUUCUUUUGGGUUGCCUAGAAUAGUAACAAAACUUAUAGAAUCUGUGCAUAUAAAAUUCAUUCUCAUGGCAUUCUCUUUCGUACUAUCUUUUGCGUUCUACUUCUAUUCAUGUACUACUAUCAAUUGCUUAGUUGAGGCAGCUUCUAUAACUCCAACCUAUAAAUCUUCAUGCGUAUUUUUAGACAACAAAGUGUAUUGCUAUUCAGGUGGCUACGUGCCGUUAGGUGACAUACGAGCGAAAAGAGCUCUCGACGAGCAUCACUAUCUCGAUUUAACACAGAAUUUAGUUCUUGAUGAGAUAUCUACAAAAUGGACCACAAUACAAAAUAAUCCUGCAGACUAUAUUACAGAACCAGUGAUGGCUGCAACUAUUAAUACUAUAUCUGACACACAGUAUCUAUUUGAUGGUGGAUUCACUAAUGCUCCCAAUGUGACAAAUAUAACUCGCAUAUUUGAUCUAGAGACAAAUCACUGGUCGACGGUUGAUAACAGCCAGCGUGAAUUAUUUAAUAACAGCGCAAUCUACAUGGGAACAGCCGUCAAAGUGCCUAACCAAAAACGCAUAUACUUUUGGGGAGGUUUAAGUGGGCAGUACCCAGGCGCUCAGGUUACCGCAAGUACUAUGUUAGAUUACAGCAAGAAUUUUCAAUGGGGAAACGUUUCCGAACCUUUACCCCCAGGCAUUUUGCCACGUUUUGGACACACAGCUACAUUGUCUCGUGACGGAACCUAUAUAUUCUAUAUAGGAGGAAGAAUUAGAACCGCAAACGCAACUGACGCUUCCAAUAAAAACAUUACAAACAGCAUUUCUCGUACUGUGCGAAUCGUACCUUAUUAUCAACUCGUGUCGAUGAAUGAUAUUCUUAUUUAUAACACAAUCAAAGGAACCUGGUCAUUACAACAGAGCCCUUCAGCUGCAACUGUUUCUUCUCGUUAUAUGCAUACAGCAAAUUUGAUACCCGGAACAGAUAAAAUUCUGAUUUAUGGUGGAGCGACGGAUGAAGGCAACGAGAAACAUCCAACAGCAGUGCCAGAUUAUCUGUACAUCUUCGAUACGCAAACAUUAGAGUAUACAAAAAUUAAUGAAAACCAACCGGAAUUGGGUGCAGGCCCUCGAUUUGGUCACUCUGCUGUUUUAUGCAGGAACAACACAUUGAUUGUAUUAUUUGGUGUCAAUGAAAUGGGAUUGGUAACCAAUGAUGUCUAUUUCUUGGUACUUUCUGCGUCUGCAACCUGGGUGAAAUCAUUCACUUUAGCGCCCACAGCUACGCCAAGCUCUCCAGUUAGCAACGAUAUCAACAAAAAUAACAUGUUGAGUGACAAGGCUAUCAUAGGCAUAUCUAUCGGUUCAGUUCUAGGGGUGAGGGCUGUACAUUCUAAAAUUGAUAAUUUUAAACAAACUCUUCUAAGCGAAACUCUAUGUACAUAGAUUGUUCUUUCACUAAGCUGUAUAUUAUUUACUAUUCACAAAUGGAGAAAAAAAAAUCGAAACCCAUCAUUACAACAGAAACAUAUAUCUGAAAGUAACGAAAAUAUAAUGCGCCAUCAGCAAUCAACUAGCACUAUGUUCGAAAUCACAAACCAUGACUUUCUUAACGACAGCAACAAUAUCAGCCAUAGUAAUUUACCCCAACUACACAAAGAGUAUCAAAGGUACAGUACAAACUUGUUUGAUAACUCUUUACAGCCGCCAUUGCAAUCAGCUACACCUUUUGAUGAUUCGAUCUGUCAUAGUUCGACACCAAUGUCAGCUGCUCCAACAACUCCUAUAAUAACGACAAACAUUUCAAGUACAGGUAAUUUGUUGCCAAUCCAUUAUUAUUACACUGGAGACGGAUUGACUACGUCUCCACCCAUUAUCGGAACACCAACAGUAGGAGGAGGUCAAAUUG